AUGUCGAAUCUUCGGGUGCUCUGUCGAGACCAACCUCAGCGUACAAUUGCACUGGUUUCUUCAGAUCAUGCCUUAGUAUUUCAUCAUACUGCAACCGACACGAAGGACAGCCCCCGCUGCCAGGUUGAAUUCUCGGACCUGGAGUCGGUCGAUCUCCAAGGCUAUCAGCCGCUGGGGGCCGGACAGGGAACCCUUGGCCUUGUGACGCUAAAUGAAGAUGUCUUUGUCUGCGUGGUGACAAGCUCUUCGCAAGCCGCCAUUGUAAGGCCCGGCGAAACUGUAUCAAGAAUCGACAGUGUGGCCUUCUACUGCCUCAAUCGGUCAGAAUAUGAGUUCGGCUUGGAUUAUGAAACCGGAACUCAAUUUGCCGCCGAAGACCGAAUUGGCUCGGAUGGGAAGGAUGUAGUCACAGACCAUCCUUUCCUGGCCCUGAAGAAGCUAUUGGGAGACGGAAGCUUCUAUUACAGCUUGGACUUCAAUCUUACAGAUCGCCUGCAGGACCGGGCCGACAAAUCAGCGGCAUUCGAUAUCGACACGCUGGAUGAAGACAUGCUCUGGAACUCAUACAUGAUCAGUCCUCUUCUUCUGUUCCGCAGCCACCUGCCGCCGUCGGACAAAUCCAAGUUAGAUGCAUCACAGAUGUUGACUUGUGUCAUUCGAGGAUUUGCAAGCACCCUCAAAGUACCUGCCACUGUAUCAAUUCUCCCCCACGUGCGGACUAAUUUCCCCUCAAUGUUGACUAUCAUCUCUCGUCAAUCAUCCCGUCGUGCUGGUACGAGGUUUAACUCGCGAGGUAUUGAUGAUGAUGGAAAUGUUGCCAAUUUUGUGGAAACCGAAACGAUUCUGUGGGUAUCACCAGGAAUCAUUUUCUCUUAUGCCCAAGUUCGUGGAUCGGUGCCCAUCUUCUGGGAACAGGCUCCUGGGCUUAUUCCUGGCCAGCAAAAGAUCGAAGUAACCCGGUCCGGCGAGGCAACGCAGCAUGCGUUUGACAAACAUUUCGAAACUCUGGAGCUGGAGUAUGGCGCUGUGCAUGUGGUCAACUUGUUGAGUGAAUUGAAACCGGGAGAAGUAGACCUGUCUGCGAAAUUCCGAAAGCAUAUCGGCCGGAGUUCAGUCAGGCAGAAAGAAGGCGCGGGGACUUCUCCGCGUCGCAGCCUUUUGCGCAUGACCGAAUAUGACUUUUUGGCAGAAACUCGAGGGCCAACAGGAUAUGAAGCCAGUUCUCAAAUCAAGCACGAGCUGAUCAACUCACUGGAUGGCUUCUCGUAUUUCUUGUCUGAAGAUUCUGGUCGUCCUAACAAAGUCCCAUACGACAGAGACGACGCAGUCAACAGCUCGUCGGUGAUUUUACAACAAGAAGGCGUGUUCCGGACAAAUUGCCUAGACUGCCUGGAUAGAACGAACCUUGUUCAAACCAUCAUCAGUGCGAUGGCAUUUGAGUCUUUCUUGUCGCAACAAGGGGGUAGACUCAGCCAAGACAUGCAAGUACGACAUUCGACUAUCUGGGCUGAUAAUGGUGAUGCGCUCUCCAAGAUCUAUGCCGGAACCGGGGCUCUCAAAUCCUCCUUCACUAGGCAUGGAAAGAUGUCCCUCGCAGGUGCACUUGCAGACGUGCGGAAGAGUGCCACCCGACUUUACGUAAACAAUUUCACCGACAAAGCCAGACAGCAAACGAUUGAUCUACUCCUGGGACGCCUUACAAACCAAAUGCCUGUGUACCUCUAUGACCCGUUGAAUGACCUAGUGCUCGAUGAGCUGAAUCGUCGGACUGCAGAAUAUUCUUCGCGCAAACAGGUUCGGUUCUGGGUUGGCACCUUCAAUGUGAAUGGGCGAGAUGAAGGCCCUGGAACUGAUCUCACGCCGUGGCUUUUCCCCGAUGCCGAUGAGUCUGAUGAAGAUCCGGCGGUGUUCGUCGUGGGCUUUCAGGAAAUCGUUGCUUUGAGUCCACAACAGAUCAUGUCAACUGACCCCAGUACCAGGAAGGUUUGGGAAAGGGCUGUUCACGAAUGCUUGAACACUCAUUCAAAGCGGAAAGGCACUGGGAAAUAUGUGCAUUUAAGAAGUGGCCAAUUGGUCGGUGCUGCUGUUUUACUUUAUGUGAAAGAAGAUGCCCUCAAAUACAUCAAGAAUGUCGAAGGCAGUGUGAAGAAGACUGGUCUCUCUGGAAUUGCUGGCAACAAGGGCGGCUGUGCUAUUCGCUUCGACUUCUCAAACACGAGUGUUUGUUUUGUUACAGCUCAUCUUGCUGCUGGAUUUGCAAACUAUGACGAACGAAACAGGGAUUACGAGAUUAUUGAUCGAGGACUACGCUUCCAAAAGAAUAGGUCAAUUGCUGACCACGACGCCGUCAUCUGGUUGGGUGAUUUCAACUAUCGAAUCGGAUUAGGCAACCCGAGUGUCAAAGAACUGAUUUUGCAACGAGAUUAUCACAGGCUAUACGAGAAUGACCAAGUAAGUAGAGCGUUCCAGUUCUACUCCGAAGGGCCUAUUGAAUUCCCACCCACCUACAAGUAUGAUGUUGGGAGGGACACCUAUGAUACAUCCGAGAAAGCACGUAUCCCGGCCUGGUGUGACCGAGUGCUGUGGAGAGGAAACAAUCUGCGACAAACCCACUACCAAACCGCGGAUUUGAAGGUGUCCGAUCAUCGUCCCGUCUGGGCAACCUUUGAAUGUGUCAUUGAUAUCGCGGUCAAUUUAUGGGGGAAACAAGACUCGGACCAAGUUUCCAUUGCGAAGUCCAUCUCUUUGUUGGAUCUAGACGAGGAUGAAAUCACACCGGGCGUGUCUAUUGCACCAGGGCUGCCACCGGCCAGCUCUGAUCGAAGCCGAUGGUGGCUAGACAAUGGAAACCCAGUGAAAGCAACCGUGCAGCCACCACAGGAAGGAUUGGUUGCCAACCCCCAACGCAAGUCAAAUCCUUUCUCUCCCGAUGUCGACUGGGUAGCACCCGCUCAAAUCCAGCGAAAGCCGGUGCUACCUCCACGGCGAGAUACCCUUGAAUCACCCUCAUCUACAUCUCGUCAAUCCGUGGAGUCUGUGAGGCUAGCACCAGCGGUCCCUCGGAAGCCACUCUCACUGAGCUCCAAAUCGCACACCAUGCCUGUGUCCAAUCAGGAAAGGCAAUCGGUGGCGGGGGCUGCCAGUACCAGCUCACCCGAUCUUCUGGAUUCAUCGAGUGAGCAAAUUGGAUGGAAACCACUUCUCCAGUAG